AAAUUAUUUUUAUAUAAUACAUUGAAUAGUUAUAUACAUAUUUACCACAGAGGAUUUACCUCAUAAAGUUUUCAAACGAGAAAAUAUGAAUUUGAUUGUGGUUCAAAAAGUUUUGUUGAAACAAGUAUUACUUGGUUUCAGGAUUGUUAUUAAUACAUUAGAUAAUAAAGUAUUAAGAAUAAAUAUCACGGAAGGCAUAACAGAAAAUUACGUUAAAAUAAUUCACAACGAAGGCAUGCCCGAUAUGAAUUUUCCAUCAAAACGUGGUGACAUAAUUAUACGGUUUGACAUAAUUUAUCCACUUUAUUCGCCAAUUACAGACGAAAAAUUUUGUGAAUUAUUUGAUGAUGAAAAUAAAUAC